AUGGUUAUGCAAUAUGUGGUCACAUCCAAAAAAGAGGAGGAAACAGAAGAGGUGUUUCUGUCAGCUGCCAUUGUGGGCCAUAAGGACCCAGUGGCUGUGGAGGCAGAUGUGCUAAGGCCACAGGCUGCAACCCUAGGGGAUGCCUUAUGUGUGGAUGGGAGUCAGGAAAGCCUGACUGCCUCUUUUCGAAAUGAAGGGGAUGGAGUUCUUCUUCAAGAUGGGAGAAAUGCUGAAAGACAGAAGACACCAGUGGUGGUGCCUGAUGAUUCUGGAACUUUCUAUCAUCAGACUGUCAGCAAUGACUUGGAGGAGCAUUUAGAGGAGCCUGUUUUGGAACCAGAGCCAGAGCUGGAGCCAGAGCCAGAGCCAGAGCUAGAGCCAGAGCUGGAACCUGUGCCCAACAUUCAAGAAGACAAGCCUGAGCCUACAUUGGAAGAAGCUGCUCCCAAGGAUGUGCAGAAGAGUGCUUACCCUGCCCCAGCAGACGUGGCCCUGGCACAGGAGGACUUAAGGACAUUUUCUUGGGCAUCUGUGACUAGUAAGAACCUUCCUCCCAAUGGGACUGUUCCAGUGCCAGAGACACCACCUAAUGUGGUCAAAGUACCAGCGUCACAGACCCUUCCAGAAUCGAAGCCUGACACUCAAAUUCCACCACAAAGGCCUCAGAGAGAUCAGAGAGUUCGAGAGCAACGGAUCAAUAUCCCUCCUCAGAGAGAACCCCGACCAAUCUGUGAGGCUGAUGUACCAGGAGACAUGGAACCUCGAAGGAUGAUGAGGCACCCUGACAGUCACCAGCUCUUCAUCAGGAACCUGCCACAUGAGGUUGAGAAGUCAGAACUGAAGGAUUUUUUCCAAAACUAUGGGAACUUUGUGGAGCUGCGCAUCAACAGUGUAGGGAAGUUACCCAACUUCGGGUUUGUUGUGUUUGAUGAUUCUGAACCUGUUCAGAAGGUCCUUAAUAAUAGGCCCAUCAUGUUCCGAGAUGCUGUACGCCUGAAUGUGGAAGAGAAGAAGACUCAAGCUGCCAGGGAAGGAGACCACAGGGAUAACCGCCUUUGGGGACGAGGCCCAUGCAUUGGGCUAAGUGGUGGAAUGAGAGGCCCUCCCCAAGGAGACAUGGUGCAGAAACCAGGCUUUGGCGUGGGCAGGGGGAUUACAACACCAAGGCAGUGA